AUGUUGAAAUACGUGUGGCAUGUGGCAGUGAUAACAAUAAUUUUCUGUUGGUUUCAAACCUCGGCGGCUCGCAGCGCUUCCAGUUCAUCAUCGGCCGCCUCCCAUACAUAUCAGCAUGCAAACAGUGUUGCUGAAGAGCCCCAAAGUUCAACACAACGGCUGCCGCAAACGACGAGCAGUACAUCGAACUCGGCAAAUAUCUGGAAAGAUCUUUCAAGUUAUCGGCUGUAUCAGCAAUGUGCGGCUGAAAAUCUCUCCGUGUGCCUCAAAGUGAAACUGCUGACUGGUCUGGAAAAAGUCCAACGUUCUGCGAAAACCUUAAAAAUUAUGGAAGGCAUUAAAUUUGUUAAGGCCGAUGAUACGGCGGAGCCCAUGAAGCCAUUGCUGAGCGAAGCUGAACUGGAGGCGAAUUUGCCGCGUGCACUGGAAGCCAAGGAACAAGUUCUAACGAAUAUGAUUGUGAAAAAUAUUGCAGGAUUUUUACAGCGUCAUACAUUGCAGAUAAGAUUCCCCGAUGUUCGACCGGAUGACUCGAUUUUGGGCAACUCCGUUGAAAGUCGCAAAAAGAAGGACAAAAAAGGUGGUGGAGCCUACAUUAUGAUUCCGCUACUCUUGGGUGGCACCUUUGUGCCCAUUGCCUAUGGUGCUUUGGCCAUGCUCGCCGGUAAAGCUUUAAUAGUAUCCAAAUUGGCUUUAGUUUUAGCUUCGAUAAUUGGCAUUAAGAAACUGUUAAGUGGUGGUGGCAAAGAAUCUUCACAUGAAGUUGUAGUCUCAUCGGGAGGUCAUUCGGGUUGGGGUCGUGACUUUGAUUUAGCCUAUUCUGCCUGGAAGCCUAAUAAGGAGUCGAAAAAGACACUGUAA